CCCACAUUUUCCAGCACGACACGUAAGCUGAAACUCGCGGAAGUGUUUUACUGUUACACCGCAACAACGCUUGCUCGGCUCCUGUCCUCAAAAGUUCCACCCCAGCUGGUAUCAUCGCUGGGGGGCCUUUCGCUGCCUUCUCAGCCAAUUGAUUAGGUGUUGCCUUACUCGCUGAUGGCAGCGAUGGACAGUUUGUGUUGCUUGUUACUUCCUGGUGUUUGAUCUGAACAAGAACUGGAUUGAUGUUGGGGGAAGUAUGGAUCGAUCUGAAUUGGUCACACAGAAGACUGGGAGGCAAAGGAAGGUAUUUGUGACGUUGGAUAUGAAGGAGGAGGGCAGAUACCCCAUGGAUAUAGAAAUUGAGGCGGAGGCCUUACUGCAGGGCUCUGACGGAGAGGACGGGCAGCCCAAGGUGCGUCGUGGCAUCAAGGCGGAGCUCAGCAAUGUCUCGUUGCUGCUCUUCCUCUAUGUGUUACAGGGAGUGCCAUUGGGACUGGCAGGGAGCAUACCCCUGAUCAUGCAGGCCAAUAAUGUCAGUUACAAAGACCAGGCUUACUUCAGCUUUGUCUUCUGGCCGUUCAGCCUCAAGCUGCUUUGGGCACCCCUAGUGGAUGCACUGUAUAUCCCGUGGUUUGGGCGCAGGAAGUCCUGGCUGGUCCCUACGCAGUACCUCCUGGGCCUCUUCAUGCUCUACCUGUCUGUCACGGUGGACUCGCUGCUGGAGGGGGACGGGCACAGAGGGCCAGACAUCCUCACCAUUACGCUCGUCUUCUUCAUGCUGGAGUUCCUGGCUGCCACCCAGGACAUCGCGGUGGAUGGGUGGGCUCUGACCAUGCUGUCCCGGGAGAACGUGGGCUAUGCCUCCACCUGCAACUCAGUGGGCCAGACGGCCGGCUACUUCCUGGGAAAUGUGCUGUUCCUGGCCCUGGAGUCACCUAACUUCUGCAACAAGUACCUGAGAUUUGAGCCCAAAGACACGGGUGUUGUUACCCUCUCAGAUUUCAUGUUUUUCUGGGGAAUCGUGUUCCUUGUGUCAACCACGUUGGUGGCCAUCUUGAAGAAGGAGGACUGCAAACAAUCCAAGAAGAAGAGCAGGGAAGAGGCACAGGGGGUGAUGGAAACUUACAGGCUCCUCUUCUCCAUCACCAAACUGCCCGCAGUCUUCACCUUCUGUAGCCUGUUGCUCACAGCUAAGAUAGGCUUCUCUGCAGCCGAUGCCAUUACAGGGCUGAAGCUGGUGGAAGCGGGAGUGCCCAAAGAGCAGCUGGCUCUGCUGGCAGUGCCUAUGGUGCCCCUUCAGAUCGUGCUGCCCCUCAUCAUUAGCAAGUACACUGGUGGCCCCAGGCCCCUCAACAUUUUCUACAAGGCCUUCCCCAUCAGGUUACUGAUUAGCCUGGGCUACACCCUGCUUGUGUGGUGGACCCCCAGUGUUAGGCAGGAUGGGGGGUACCCAGUCUACUACUAUGCUGUGGUGCUGCUUAGCUACGCGGUGCACCAGGUGCCGGUGUACUGCAUGUUUGUAGCCAUAAUGGCCUUCAAUGCCAAAGUAAGCGACCCUGUAAUCGGGGGGACCUACAUGACCCUCCUGAACACGGUGUCCAAUCUGGGAGGGAACUGGCCCUCCACUUUGGCCCUGUGGCUGGUAGACCCCCUAACCAGCAAGGAGUGCCGGGGGGCAGUUGGGCAGAGCUGUGGCUCCCCUGAAGAGGCGGGACUGUGUACUUUGGAAGGCGGCGUUUGUGUCACCCUGCUGGACGGGUACUAUGUGGAGUCAGUGGUGUGCGCUGUGAUCGGCUUCGCCUGGUGGUUCUGGCUGGGGAAGAGAAUGAAGCAUCUGCAGGAGGAGAGCCCAUCCGCCUGGCAGUGCCCAACUGCCAAAUGACCCCCCUCUCAUUUCUCACUGCUCUCACCUCUUUCAAUCUGUUUUCUUUGUCUAUUCAUCGUGUUCUUGUCUGUCUCGCUGUAGCUUUGUUUCUAUUUGUUUCUCUCUUGCUUAUUCUCAGUUUCACCUCCUUUUCACACGCUUCAUUCCGGCUUUAUUUGUGGAGCCGUUGCAGUACUAUGACUCCCUCCGCAGGAGAAAAUUAGUUUUGCAAUGUCUCUUCUUGACCUCUUCUUCUCUUACUGCAUCCCCAAAUAUUUAUCUUUGGAAGAAACAGAGGUGAUUGCACUCAAACUGACUAUAAAUGUUACAGUAAACAGCUGCUUCUUGCAUUUGUUUGAUGAAUAGUCUCCACUGCUUGGCUCUUGAGUCCAUAUUUGCACAUGCAGUCCAAAUUAUUUUGGGGCUUUUAUCAAAAUUUGUAAAAACGCAAUUUUUAUUUUAGGGAGGAAUAGUUCUAGUUUAACAGAUACAAGAGUGGAACUAUUUUGUAUUGUAUUAAAGAUUUACUAUAUUUCACUGAAUAUAAAACAAGUUGGGUUGAAACACAUUUUAACCAACGCAGGUUGUCAACAACUGUGAAAGUGCUUUUCAAAAGGGAAUGGUUGGAACACUAGCAUGGUAGAGAUUUGAUCUUGAGUUUGUUUCUUAUUUUAUACUUUAAAUUAGGUUUUUUAAAUUAUUUCCCUUUUCAGUCAUUUUCGGGGCCUUUCAUUCCAAGAACUUGCACUAUCUUUCUGAAUGGGAAUUACCCAUGGUGUAAAGGAGUUUUGUUCAGGUGUAGUCUGUUUCAUUUAAGAUUGCAUGCACAUAGCCUUGAAGAUGUUAAAAUUAUUAUUUUUCUUUUCUUUUUCUCCAAAUUAAACUACAGUCAGUGGUUUAACCAGGUUUAUUUUACCUUUAAAUGGUUUACCAAAUAUUCCGUUCAGUUGUAUUUUGUUAAGUUUGAUAGUUUUUUCAUUUACUAUUCUUGUUAUUGUAAAAAAUCAUGAAUGCAUAUUGAUUAGACCAUAGUGAAGCGGUGAAAUUGGUGUUCAGUGAUGUAAGGGUACUUGUACUAGGGAAAUGUUAUCACAGAGGGUCCUCACCAUGUGCCUUGUUUGUUCCCGCUAUGUCGUGGGAAUGUCCAGAGAAGUGUUGGAGUUCUGUGGUCUCAGGUUUAUAUAAUUUGACUGGAUUUUGUCAAUCUGGUCCUCAUGUGCUCCUUUUGAAGUUGAUUUGUCCCGUACUGGAAUGUUUACCAAGGUUUCAUUUUAAUAUGCUGAUUGUUGAUUCUGUGUAAUCAUAAUGACAGAGUAGCAGGAUGACUCAAACUCUGAUUGUAUGUAAGACUAUAUUGUACACGGUUUUGAGGAACAUUUUUUAUCAACAUUCCCAAAGUGAACAGAUUACAAAGAUUUUAUGAUAUCUUAUAUGUAAUAAAAAAUGGAAUAAUCA